AACUUUGCAUCUCUCAGCAGGACAACUAGUCAACAACCCAAAAAUGCAACAAAAGAAAAAACCUUGUCUCUAAACUGGGAUUUUCUUCAUUUGAAACCCGGUUUAGGGACCCUUUAAUUCCAACUCAAUUAAAAAAAAAUCUAGUGACUUUUAUUUCAGAAAUCCCUUUCUUUUUAUGUUUUUAUAAAUUUAAUGUACUAAUAAUUGUUAAUCUAAUAAAAUGGAAAUAAAUGGAGGUGUUUGUAAUUCUGGGGAUAAAUCCCAACGAGAAGCGGAAGUUGAAGGUGAAGCAUCCUCUUUGAGUUCGAAUGUAUUGUUGAAUCAUACCGGAGAGGUCACUCUCACUCUUAAUUCAGACGGGUUGUCUUGGGAAGCGCUUGAUUCCUCUGAUAAUUGUGGAUCAACUUGUUUGGGGAUUGAAUUUGUUCCUAAAAUCACAACUAAAACCACAACAGAGUUACAGUUCUCUGAUAUCUAUGCUGUAGAGUUGAUUCAUGGUGGAAUGAUUCAAGAAUCAAUCAGUACAAGUGCUAGAGAAUGUUUCUUCGGGACUGACUCUCAUGAUUCCGAGAUGAACCACUUCAUAGUUCAUUCUUUUCAAAAGUCUAUGUCGCAGCCUUGCCUUUGGGUCCUGGCUGUGUACACUUUUGGCCACAAGGACUUGCAGACAUGUCAGAUGUGGAUGAAUAAAAUUAAUGAUUCUCUAAAUAAGGAAUUUGGGAGACCAAAGAAUCUUCUGGUAUUUGUUCAUCCAAUGAGUGGGAAAGCAAAUGGCCUGAGAACCUGGGAAACUGUGGCUCCUAUAUUUUCACGUGCUAAAAUAAACACGAAGGUGAUUGUAACACAGAGGGCUGGACAUGCAUUUGAUGUGAUGACAUCUACUACAAAUGAAGAGCUGAAUUCAUAUGAUGGUGCUGUAGCUGUUGGUGGUGAUGGUUUCUUCAAUGAAAUCCUUAAUGGUUAUCUUCGUUCGAGGCAUAAAGCUCCUUUCCCUCCUGCCCCUUCAGAUUUUCUUGAUGCUCUGGGGAAUGAUGGCAGCUCCUUAGUUCAUGAUCCAGCUGGAGCGGGUUCUGGGACUCACAACGAAGAGAGUUAUCCUCUUCUCCCCAGUUUGGCACAUAAUGAAUUAGGAUUCUCUCAUUUGGGAACUAAUAAUAGUUCUCGCUCCAUAGAUCAAGAAAUUGAGUAUCCCCUCCCUAAUCAGAGGUUUAGAUUUGGGAUAAUUCCUGCAGGUUCAACGGAUGCCAUUGUGAUAUGCACCACUGGCGCUCGAGAUCCUAUAACAUCUGCCCUGCACAUUGUCCUGGGUAAAAGAGUGUGCCUUGAUGUUGCUCAAGUUGUAAGGUGGAAAACUACAUCUUCCUCAAAGGUUGAGCCUUGUGUACGCUAUGCGGCUUCUUUCGCUGGGUAUGGAUUUUAUGGAGAUGUCAUUGCAGAGAGUGAAAAAUACCGGUGGAUGGGCCCCAAACGUUAUGAUUAUGCUGGAACGAAAGUGUUUUUGAAACACAGGUCAUAUGAAGCCGAAGUAGCUUACCUGGAAGUUGAAUCAGACAAGAAUAAUUCAAUUCCAGAUGCAAGUAGGAUGUUUGAUAAGGUGCGGAGCUUGAAACGAAAGAAGUCUGAAAGAAUUAUUUGCCGAGUCAAUUGCAAUGUGUGUAAUACAAAGCCAGUUUAUUCUUCCGCAAGAAGCUCCCCUGCAAAACCUUACAUGCGUCCACAAGAAACAAGGUGGUUGAAAUCUAAAGGGCAAUUUCUCAGUGUUGGGGCUGCCAUAAUGUCUAACCGAAAUGAACGAGCACCUGAUGGUUUGGUGGCUGAUGCACACCUUUCAGAUGGUUUCCUGCAUCUUUUAUUAAUUAAAGACUGCCCUCAUGCUUUAUAUCUCUGGCACCUUACUCAGCUGGCAAGGAAAGGCGGAAACCCCCUGAAUUUUGACUUUGUGGAACAUCAUAAGACCCCAGCUUUUACAUUCACGUCCUUAGGCAAGGAGAGUGUCUGGAAUCUGGAUGGUGAGCUUUUUGAAGCACACAAACUUUCAGCGCAAGUGUUUCGUGGCCUGGUUUGCUUAUUUGCAUCUGGUCCUGAGGUAUAGAAGACGUAGGAAAGAUGGUCUCAUCAAAGCAGUCAAGUAAUUCACUCCAUACAAACACAGUUUUUGUGUUAUCAAAAAUUCAGUCUAGUGAUUGAUGAUAUACAUCAGCAGGGCUUGUAAGGUGGCCUUAAGGAGGUCAUCAGUUGGCUGAUAUUACAGUACAAGAAAUUAGUAUGGUUAUGAUGGAACAGCAUUGUACAUUAUGUAUGAAUUUUAUUUCGUAUUAAUUUCUCAAUUUUGCUUGACCUCGUAGCAUUGUUAUUCA